GGUUUGUGUUUUGCAAGAUUCAUUGUCCUCCCUUCAUCUGCUUUUGCAAGCCUAAUUCCCCUCAUAUACACUCCUGGACCACUCAAAUUACAGAAUUCCCCAACUCCAUCUCCACCUUUGCCUAAUUCAAGACUUGAACCAGUUCCUGAGACAUCUGACCACUUAUCUGAUGAAGAAACCACUGAGAUCAUCAAGGAGGAGAGGUUAUUAGGUAAUGCGAAUCCACAACCAGCUACCGCUCAGCCUUGUCUCAAGAGUAGUCUCCGAAAGCCUAAUUCCGACUCAGGUGCUCCAAAACAGGAGGUGCUCAAGAAGAGAGUGCAGUGGACAGACUUUUUAGGGAAGCAGCUUGUUGACGUUAGGGAAUUUGAGUGCAGUGAACCAGAAGAUACCGACAAUGAAGACGACAACAGAAGAGGCUGCAUUUGUGUUAUUUUAUGAAACUUCUCAAAAUCAGCAUCCACUCUGCAAAUUCCUAAGGAAAUCGCAGCAAUUACAGGAGAAAGAAGGGAAAAUUCACGUUUAUGCAGCGAGUCUAAAAUCGAACAGAACUCGAGUGUUUGAAAUUCAGCUUUAGUUUUCGAGUUACCAAAUUACAACGGAGCUGCAGCUUUCACAAGACUGUUUUAUGACAACUCAAUAGAGUGGGUAGUCAAUAUUCGUUUAUAAGAAUGUUGACAAUAUUGCAUUCUUCUGAUUAUGAAACUUCUCACAAGUUCUGACACUAAAUGAAGUAGUUUUUUUUCAUUUA